AUGCAACCCGCAGAACAAGAGCCAGAGCGUUAUAUCCGCAGCCGCAUCGCCAAUGCCUGCGACGGGUGCAAAUCUCGCAAAGUCAAGUGCGACGGGAAAUUGCCCUGCAGCUACUGCGCGCGUCGUCAGAAGCCCGGCGAUUGUCACUACUCGCCGCAGGUUCGGCGCCGGAGGAAUGGCCAUGGCUCCGUGACUUCUUUGAGGUCGCCCGCCGCUUCCGAGGGGAGGGCUCAUUCUACCAGACACACGAGUCCCGCGACACCGGUCAAUGGCGAUGCAACUGCGCAGCAGGAGACGGCGCAGACUCAGCCAAUUGAUGCCGAUGAUGAGACCGAAGUGCCGAGAGAAGCGCGGCUGGUGUGUGAUGCCCAGGGCAAAUUGAUCUUUGUGGGAGAUUGCGCACCGCUUUCUUUCUUCCAAUCGGUUCGACAACUUGUCACCACCAGAGUUGGCCAGAACGCAUUUGCUCCUCAGUCAAGUCGCUACUCGGUCCUCGAAAAUGCCACUGCGCAUCAAUCGCGGCGGUUACCAGGUGACAACCGCAUACCAAGCGUCCACCCAAAUGACAUUCCACUAGCCGUGUCAAACUACCUCUCCAUUGCAACUGGCCUCGUGGAUCUUUUUGACAAUCGAAGACUCCAGGAGGAUCUUAUCUUAUGGGCGAAUAUGGAUCAAAAGCAAGAUGAUGCUACCACUGUUGUCAAUCUCCUCGUGCUGGCCAUUGGAACAAAGAUCAACAACGAGGAACGUGCUCAAGACUACUUUGAAUAUGCGCGAGAAAAGGCCUACUCCAACCUCACUGGAAAUCUCAGCGUGACAACUGUGCAGAUGUUUACUCUCAUCACGCUAUACAUGCUCUGCUCCUGUCAGAUCAACGGGGCCUUCCUAUUCUUCGGCACAGCCGUCCGAGCAGCCUACUCCAUCGGCAUCCAUAGAACAGAAGUUAAUGCGCGUUUCGGCCCUGACAUCCAUAGACAACGAGACCGUCUGUGGAAAAGCUUGCGGGUGGUUGAUCUGUUCCUGAGCACUUCCAUGGGCCGACCACCUGCGACUUCCGACGUGGACUGCACAGUUCCGUAUCAAAGCCCGGAUGAAAACCUCGAAGAACCUCUAGAUUUACUCAAUGCGUCGGUGCAGAUAUUUCUAGUGCUUGAGGGAGUCGUCACUGAGAUUUACUCAAGACGAAAGAUCUCGCUACAGCUUACAGAGGGUAUAUCGCUCCAGCUACGGGACUGGUCUUCACGCUGGUUAAAACAGCUCAAAGACAUGGUCGCAAACCCGGAAGUGCAUGACAGGGCUCAAGCAAGUGGUGCCUGUCAGAUCUUGGCCACGUAUUACUACGCUGUCAUGCUGGUAUCUCGGCCAUUUCUCAUGUAUGAGCUCUGCCGACGCUUGUCGGAUAGUUCGGUGGCGUCGAAUGGGCGGCCUGCCUUGACGUCUGGAAAAUCAAAGCUGGCUGAUGCUUGUAUUGAUGCGGCCAGUCUUAUGGUUGAUCCGAUACUGGACUUGAUCCAACGGGGUAUUCUUGUUGGACAUGUCCCUAUUUUGGUAUCAUGGCUAUUUGCCAGCUCUCUCGUGCUUGGAAUAGGUCUCCUCGGUGGAUUCGGCCGCGUCCUCGAAAAAUACACACGCAUGGCCAUCCACGCCCUAGACCACUGCUCCAAACACGACACCCACGCAGGACAAUACUCACUCAUCGCCCAAUCCCUAUUAACCACCGCUCUCGAACAUCUCGAAAAGCAAGAACUCGCCGAACGCCAACGCCGCACCGAAAACUCAAGCCAGCUCUUCGGCCUCAUCCCUUCCGACGCGGGCGUAGGCUCGUCUCCGAGUCUCCGCAGAGAGGCGAGCAACUCGGUGGCCAGCCCAGCCCGAGGCCGCGAGUCACUGGAUAGAUCAUUCUUGCAGCACAACGGGUUACAGAAUGUUGGGUCGCCGCUGUUUGGCGAUCUCGAUUCGGCUUUCCUAGGCUUAAGCGAGUCCAUGAUGCAGACGCCGGAUCCGAGUUACUGGGGCGGGCCGCUGGGCGCUGAAGCUGAUUCCGGAUCGGCUUUGAACCUGUUUGCCUUGCUGGAUGCUGGGGGUGGUAUUGAUCUGACGCAUCAUUUGUAA